CCCGAAGGGAUGAAGGAGGGAGGUCCGAGGGGAAGGUCCCGUUCUUUCGUACGAGAAUCAAUGUUCCUGAUUCUCCUCUCGUGCGCAGGGGGGGGGGGGGGGCAGCCGAAAUCAGCUGGGCUGACGCGGAGUGCACGCACGCUCCGAUCAGUUCCGAUCGCCGUCGUCGCCGCGCUCGUCUCGCUCCGCCCCGCACCGCACGGUAUCGCAUCGCGAUGACAGCGACGAUAACGAUGACGACGACGACUACGACGAUACGGUUGCACUCUCUUUUUUUUGAUCUGUUUUGACAUUUGGCGAGUCAAUAUGGCGUCCGCAUCACAGAUGACAGUCCGCGAGUCCUUGCUGCGGCUGCCUUAGCAGGAAGUCCGCUCCGCGAAGUGUGGACCGUUCGUGACGCUCGUCCUCGGACCAUCCGACACUCGACGGCCAACGACAAUCGCGAAACCGCAACUCGCUCAUCUCUCGACCUCGGUGUGCGACAAGUGGCGUGUUUGCGACCAGUGUGUGUGCGUGUGUCGAGCAUUUCUCUCUCUCUCUUCGCUUCCGCGUGUGGAAUUUUAUUAUUAUGUAAUCGUUAUAUCUGAAAUCCUGUUAGUCCGAGCGGGAUUACCCUCGCUCGACCCUUUAACUCGCUGACGCUCGAUCGCGCGAGGAAACGUACACGCACGCUUGUCCGUUGUACAGUUAACUCUCACGUAGCUGAGCAACGUUAUUUUCACGUACAGGACUGUGAAUACACGGAUGGCCAGGGCUCUCUAAAAAGAAUUGAUAGGACAUUUAAAGAGCUAGAGAUUAUUGUACGGAUGACAGCAGAAACGUAAGAUGUUCGAGUCUCCGAGAAGUCUGCAAGAGGUUUGCAUUGACUUUAUCUGCGAUAACAUUCUCGGCCUGUGCAAGGUUCAGCCUAGUGAUACAAAUUCUCUCAAUACUUUGAGUAGUAGUGCUGUCUCUGAUCAACAAGAUACCUGUACACUGAACAGUAAUAGCACUGAAGUUGCUUUUGAUACUACAAUAGGUAGAACAUCGUUUAACGAUGCUCCCACCAGUACAGCAACUCGGCUUACCUUUAAACAUCCAGAUGCCUUCUUGCCGACUGAAAUGUCAGAGCAAUUAUUAUCCAACUUAUGUGAGAAGAAAACAUUAUCAGAUUUAACCAUUACACUUUUUGACUCAAAGACCACUAGAUUAAGGCAUGUAAGAUUGAAAGAUGCAUCCACAUUGUCAGCUAAAGGUUUAAGCGUCCUUAAGCAACAUAAAAUUGUAGAUUUAAUAGUAAAUGGUCUGAAAAUCACUGUUAAUGAUUUAAUUAGCUGUUUAGGCGAUUGGAGUAUACAAAAUCUUAGAUCGCUAAGCGUAGCUAAAGGAAGCUUUAUGGAUUUUUCAAGACAACGCAUGGUAGAUAUCGCAACAUUAAACAAAUUAAAAGCACUUCAUACCUUGAAUGUCUCAGGAACAGAAUUUAAUAAACAUGGCUUGGAGAUAGUAGUCGAAGAUCUUCCCCUUUUAGAAAGCUUAGAUAUAUCUUGUACAAGAGUUGACGAUAUAACACCAUUAAAAAAAUGUAAAGAUCGUUUAAAGACAUUAAAUAUGUAUAAUUUAAAGAUAAGUGGAUGUGGAAAUUUAAUACCAGUAUUGCUGGAGUUAAACGAGUUAAGGCAUUUAGAUAUUUCCGAUGGAAAAGAUCCACUUGGUUUUGAAGUUUUUGCACCUGCUAAACCAAAAAUCACAGACUUUUUGAGAACUUUAAGAAAGAAAAGUUGUAUGCCACAUUUAACAACUUUAGAUUUAUCAGGUAAUGAUGACAUAAAUCCAAAGGAUUUAAAAAAUUUUAUUGCAUCACAUGUACAUCUGAGGUUUUUGGGACUGGUACAUUCUGAUGCUUGUUACGAUGAAAGUUUUACAGAUUUAACACAUGAAGAUUAUAGACCUAAACUUGUUAUCAGUGGUACAGCAACAGAAUCUCAAAUUUUGGAAGCCCUUAGGAGGUAUACAUAUAGACCAAUAUACCUUCAAAAGUGUCUAUUUAACUUAUUUCGCUUAACACCAAACUUUCUUGAACCACGGGUCGAUGUGAUAAAAUUAGUGUUACCUGGAAUGAGAGAGCAUCCACAGGAUUUUCGUGUACAAAUGGCAGCUACUGCUUGUAUCUAUAAUCUCACAAAGGGUGAAUUAGCUCUCAUGAUUCAUCCGUCGAUACUUAAACAAAUAGUCGAACUAACGUUAUUAGCAAUGGAAUCAUAUCCAACUAAUCAUCAACUUCAAAAGAACACGCUGUUGACCUUGUGUAGUGAUAGAAUCCUACAGGAUGUUACAUUUGAUAAAUAUAGAUGUGCAAGAUUAGUUAUGAAUUGCUUAUCAACAUUUGAUGAUGCAUCCAUGAAUCGGAUGUCUGUGGCUAUUUGCUCAAUAUUAGCAGCAAAAAUAUCGACGUUGGAAACGUCUAUGCUUGGUGCACAGCCCCAAUAUAUGUUGAAAUUGCUUGCAAUGGUUAGAUCUAAAGUUGAAUCCAAAUUAGUAGAUAUUACAAUGAAGUUUACAUUAAGCGCUCUAUGGAAUUUAACGGAUGAGAGUGCUGCUACAUGCAAGGUUUUUCUUGAUGAAGGUGGAAUGGAGUUAUUUCUUGAAGUACUGGAUAGCUUCCAAGGAGAAUCUAGUGUGGAAACUAAAGUUCUUGGUUUAUUAAAUAACAUAGCAGAGGUUGAUCAUUUGAGACCACGACUUAUGCAGCCUCGGUUUAUAAAAAUGCUUUCUACGUUGCUCGAUUCCGAGCACAUUGAUGUAUCUUAUUUCGCAGCGGGUAUUGCUGCGCAUCUGCUUAGUGAUGGUUCUCGAGCUUGGUGUAAUAUGCCGUCACAACCUAGUAGGGUGCAAUUAUUAGAUCAACUGGUUCAUGCUGUAACUCAUUGGCAAACACCACAGGGAGAGAUGGUUGCCUAUCGUAGCUUCCAACCAUUUUUCCCACUGUUACGUUGUACAGAUGCAUAUCCAGUUCAACUCUGGGCAGUAUGGGCAAUUCAUCAUGUGUGCACAAAGAACCGUAAGCUUAAAAACAAAACGUUAUUGUAUAAUGUUGAUCAGAGAAGGAGGAGUAGAAACUUUAAAACAAUUGGAAAAAACGCAUACGGAAUAUACAACACUGCCGAAUUUGCAAAGUUUAUGUCAAUCAAUUUUGGAAACGCUUGAAUUGAAUUCUUAACGAUAGCUGUUGCUUUUCAAUUUGAAAGUUAAAUACCAUCAUGGUAUACUAGUCAAUGUUUAACUUCGUGCAAUCCUAUAUCCUGUUCUUUAGACCAAUGAAUAUAAAAAUUAUAUAUGGCCAUGAAUAAUUAUAUCACAGAGACAGAUUACAAUCAACAAAACAUAGAACACACAAACCAUAAAUAAGUCCAUGAUGAAUAAGUCCAGAAUAUUUUAAUUGCGAUUGAGUUAAUAUUGCGGUUGAAUUGAAGAUCUGAAUUGAGAAAUAAAGAUUUCUGUAUUACAAAGUGUUUUGUUACAUGUAGAAUUAAGUUCAAAAAUUAUUCAAAUUUAGAAAUAGUUGUAUGAAAUGGAUUAAUAAGUAUAUUUACUACUUUGAUAAAAUAACUUAUAAUAAUAAUAACAUGCAGAGAUAUUUAAAAAAAAUUAAUUUGAAAAGGAAGAAAAAAAUGUAAAAAUAAUUCAUCUAAUAAAAUGAUUAGACUUAUCAUUAUUGAUAUUUAUGGUAUGUUUUGAAGUUUUAUUUAUAAAUAAAUUUAAAGUUAUAAUUGUUGCAGAAAAUAGCAAAAUUAAUCAAUAUAUUAAUUUGUAAUGUUCCAAGAUAUACCUCUAUUUUUAUGAUUUAUUUAAUAAACGAUAAAAAUUAGCUUUAUGAUUUCUAUCUCAGAUUCUAGUCUAGUUAAUUGCAAUAGUAAAUGAGAAUUAAAAUUGUUUAAAUUAUUUUAAAUAUCUGUAAUUUGAACUUCUGUAAUUUGAACAUCCAUCUAUAGAUAUUUAAUAACUAAUAUAAGAGGAAAGCAUGCUUGUAUUAAAUUGUUUUGUACAAUUUAUAAAAUAAAAUUUAUAAAAUGCUUGUAAUUAAUAAAAUUAUGUUACUAUUUGAUUAGAUAAUUAAUUUUAUACAUUUACAUUAUGAAAAGAUGUACAAAAAAAAUUAUUUUUAGAUAUUUAUAUCCGUUUGUUAUAUUAUAACAGUUUGUAUAAUUUAAAAUCACAUAGACUAGAAUCUUUAACUAUGUAUUAUGUUAUACAUUUUUCAGAAAAUUAUGUUCUAAUCUUCAUUUUACAUUCAAUGAAGUGAUGGGACAUAUAAUAUAUGAAAUGAAUUAAAAUAAUUAUUUUGUUUCAUAUACCAUACUUUAGUAUUUCAAAUUCAGAUCUUCAAUUUAUUUUAAAAUCAGGAAUAUACAUUGAAUAUUGCCUACACUGAUGAUAUUUGUGUGUCUUGUUAAUUUGACAAUUGAAACAUAUGGUGAUAUUUCUCGCAAUAAUAUAUGUAAACAGUGAGAUAACGCAUUUUUCAGGCAGCGUAAAUUCAAAUACAUUGAUAACGAUUUUUCGGCUUUCAAUAAAAUCAGAAAUAUAUAUAUCGAAUAUUGCUAAUUCUGGAGUCAAUGCUGGAUGUUUAUUGUAAUUUUCAGCAAUUGUAUACGCGUGUGCACAAUAAUUUAUUGCUGAAAAUUAUAAUUUCCAGCUUAUGCACAUUGUGUCCCAACAACAAAGUUAUCAGUCUUGAAAUAGUCCUUAGCUGGUAUACAUAAAAUUACAAAUUAAAGUAUGUAUAAGCUUAAACUACUUGUCGUGUAAGUAUUGUGUUUCAAGACUGACGAAUUUAUUGGAGUUUGUAUGGAUUGGAAAUUUGUAAUUUUCAAGAAAUAUUAAUACACACAUGAACAUCCAAUAUUGGCAACAUUCGAUAUAUAUUUCUGAUUUUAAUUUAUUUGAGCGAAAAAUAUCAAAUGUAUUUCCAUCUGUUUUGUUGAUAAAUUUCCUUCGUAUUCUUAUUAUUAAAUUAAUUAAUAAUUAUUAAUAAAUAUUAAUAAAAACACCUUGAAAAUUGAUCAUGUGCAUAUUACAUGCCUUCAGAGAUUAUAUAAAAAUCAGAGUUUGUAAUAAGAGAGAAAUAUUAAUAUUAGAUUAUAUCUGUUAUUAAAAUAUUAUGAAUUUAUAUAAACGAAAUUUAUUCUUCUGAUAUCAUUACAUGUUGACACCUAAACUGUAAGAAAUAUCAAUUUGAAUGGUACUGAAUGUUAAUAAAUGCUAUACCAGUCUUUAUA